AUGUCGACGCAAACAGCUGCAUCGACAAAAUCCAAUAUGGAUGCAGACUUGCACACCGAUGACUAUCUCGAAGACGAGGGCGUAGCCGAAGAUGCCCAAAGUGUGGACAGCAUGUCAAUCGAGUCCUCCGUCACCCGCUAUCGCUAUGAGAAUGGACGUCGCUAUCACGCCUUCCGAGAAGGUGUCUACCUGCUGCCCAACGACGAGAUCGAGCAGCGCCGUCUGGAUCUGAUCCAUCACGUCUUCCUGCUCCUGCUGCAGGGAAAACUGUUCCGGGCGCCCAUCCCGUCCCAUCCCCAGCACAUCCUCGACAUUGGCACCGGAACAGGCCUCUGGGCGAUGGACAUGGCUGACGUCUUCCCCAGUGCCCAAGUCAUCGGCACCGAUCUCAGCCCCAUCCAGCCGUCUUGGGUGCCUCCGAAUUGCAAGUUCUAUGUUGACGACGUUGAGGGCCAGUGGACGUUUGGUCACGAAUUCGACUUCAUCCAUGGGCGAGCAAUGUGUGGCAGUAUUGCGGAGUGGAACGGCUUGUUCCAGCAGGCGUUCGACAAUCUCAGGCCGGGCGGGUGGCUGGAAAUGCAGGAAUUCGAGAUGGAGGUGUACUCAGAUGACGGCACCCUGGAGCGGGCUGAAUACAUCCCGAAUUGGUUGAACAUGGUCAACGAGGCCAGCACGAGGUUUGGCAAGUCUUUCAACGAUGCAAGCAGGUUGAAACCGGCCAUGGUCGACGCUGGGUUUGCCGAUGUGCAUGAGGAUAUUUACAAGGUACCUAUUGGUGCGUGGGUCAAAGACGCUCGCCUGAAGGAACUCGGCCAAUACGCUCUGCUUGCGGUCUAUGAAUCCAUCGAACCGUACACCCUCGCAGCUGCCACUCGCGUGUUAAGAAUGCCACUGGACAAGAUUCACCAAAUUAUCGCCAGGGUCAAAGCUGAGCUUUGCAACCCCCAACUUCAUCUCUACGCCAAAGUCCGUUUUAUCUACGGCAUGAAGCCGACUUAA